CAAUAAUGUGUAAACUUAGUUAAUGAUCUUUACCAUAUCUAACUUUGAAGAGAUACCUUCUUGAAAGUACGUGUAUGCGUGUACUCAAACUCCAGGAGGUCAGAUGGCGACUAAGAGUGCGUAUAAAGAUCAUAAGAGCGAGCUCCCCCCUGAGGCCUACCAGGCCAAGCUGGAUGCAAGCACCACUCUGUACAUAGGCAACAUGUCAUUCUACACAUCUGAGGAGCAACUGUACGAGCUCUUCUCCAUGUGUGGAGAGGUCAAGAGGGUCGUCAUGGGACUAGACAAGUACAAGAAGACACCGUGCGGAUUCUGUUUCGUAGAGUACUACACUCGUGAGGAUGCAGAUCGUUGUGUGCAUUAUAUUAGUGGUACUAAACUGGAUGAUAGAAUCAUUCGUGCUGACUGGGACAUUGGGUUCAAGGAGGGACGCCAGUACGGACGUGGGAGGGCAGGGGGUCAGGUGCGAGACGAGUAUCGUGCAGACUAUGAUGAGGGGCGUGGUGGUCUGGGGGGUGGGGUAGCACGGCAGUAUGGUCGAGGGGGGGAGCCCCCCAAACUGCAAGGGGGAGGAGCUGAACCAAUGGACACUACUAACACAGAGAGAGUUGUCAGCAUGCAGACAUCAUAGCUUGGAUUAAUAGACUUAUAAUAAUUUUCUCUUUUUCUGUUUAUUGCAAUUGUUGUCUAUUGUUAAACGUUCUUUAUAACUCAAUGACUUAUUAUAUAUUAAC